UAUGGCAAACUUUCAAAGUGACAUAUUAUUUUGUCAUACAGUAAUAGGGGAAUUAAUUUGGAAACGCAAAUAUUCAUCGGGACCUUCGUAGUUCAAAUUUUAUGUCAGUAAAAUGGUAGACCCAAUUUUGAUUACCAGUUUAGGCUUAUUUUAAUCGGGAUAGCACAGUAGGCAAGAGUUCUUUGCUAAAAUUUUUACAGAUGGAAAAUUCGCUGAGCUAUCCGAUCCAACGUGGGGGUUGAUUUUUUCGCUCGUAUUAUCGAAGUGCAGGAUGUACAAGAAUUAAAUUACAACUCUGGGACCGGCAGGACAGAAAGGUUUAGGUCAAUCACGAAAUCCUAUUACAGGAACUCAGUUGGUGCUCUUUUAGUUUACGACGUGUGUAAUCGAUCCAGUUUUGAACACAUACCUUUAUGGAUGAUGGAAGCGAAGAGGCAUAUAGAACCACACCGACCAGUGUUUGCAUUGGUUGGAUGUAAAGUGACCUUGUUGGAUCUAUAUAAGAAUGGUGCAAGGAGAGAAGUAUCCUGUGAGGAGGAGAUGUUUGCUGAAGAAAAUGGACUUCAUCACGUCGAGACAUCAGCAAAAACGGCUGAUGUGGAACAAGCAUUCAUACUUGUGGCUCAGGAAGUGUAUAAUCGCAUACAAACAGGUGAGUACAAAGUGGAGGACGGCUGGGAUGGAAUAAAGACAGGUUUUAACCGACCAAAUGGUAUGGACUUCAAUCUACUCGAAGCAGAAACAGUUCAGUCCACCUGCUGCUAGAAGAACAUCAUGUUGUGACAACUUCGGUAGCAAGAUACAUCCAUGUCGUGACAUAAUUUGUAAUACAGUUUCUCAAUCUCAAAAUCAUCAUUGUUUCUGACAAAUUGGUGUAACUUUAGAAUAUUAAUGUAUGUACGGUCUACGUAAUGUUAAACAAAUAGUAAUGGUUUUUAACUAACAAGUCGAGUCUUGUCUCGUCUGAAGGUUGAGGAACUGUUUUAAAUUAUACUUAAAAGUAUAUAAAGUUGUGUUGUAAAUAUUCACUCAUACAUAUAGCUGUACGGAUAACAUAUAAGUAAACUAAGCGGCCGGCACAAGUCUGGAUGAUCUAAUCACAUGAAACAAUAGAUUCUUAACAUUUAAAUUUAAUGUCGCUGUAUGUUUUGUUGAUUCAGCAUCACGAUUAAUGGUGCUAGAAUUACAAUAGAAGAACUUUUCAGUACAAUUUCUUUUGCAUAGAAUUGUCAUUCAUGAAAAUUAUAAUAAUUCUAUGACAUUACCACAUCCAGGGAUUCGACACCAGGAAUGUUAUUGCAUAAUAUCAGCCAUAAUUCAAUAAUGAGUCUAUUAAUAUCUCAUAGUAUAUGUUAAUUGUAUUUAUCUAAUUGUCAUUCACAUUACGUGGAGAAUUCUCGUAGUAGCGAUUCAAACUGGAGUUGGGCGUAAAUUGGUGACUAUAUUCAAGUGGGUAGUGCCCGUAGUCGAUGUAAUUAAUAAAUUUUUCGAAAUCUUGUGUAGUAUAAAAAGAAUUGUUAGUAUCUGGUUCAGAAAAAACUGUAGAUGUAUUUUCAGUUAUAAAAUAUAUUUCAUAGCCAAUAAUAAAACGUAAUCAAAGAUAAAAAAGUUAGAGCUUUAAUAUAGGUUUUUUAAUUAGAAAUUUAAUUAAAAUCUCAGUACAUUAAUUUGUAUAUAUGUUGUAUUCUAUUUUGUUAAAACUCUACAUAUUUUAAUUAAUGGAUUCCACAUACUCAUUAGUGAAUUAGAAAAUAUUAUGCAUAACAUUAAUAUAAUUAAAACGAUUGAGUGCCAUAGUCAUUAAACCUUUGCCUACUAUUAGUAAAUAAAAAAAAAUGUAUACCAUAAACAUCACAGACCACAGACAAUUCAAAGACCAAAGAGUUGUUCACGAUUUUUCAAAUGUUAAUUAAUUUAUAACAUAAAAAAAAACUAGACGUUCUACUCGUGUAGAGAUUUUGUACCUGUAAUAAUCUUUAAAUGCAAAAUAUUAGUAGUAAGAUACUGACGUGUGUAAUAAUUCUAUAUUAAUACAAAUAGUCGAUUCUCCCCUCGGUAACGUCAAAACAAAUUAGCUGUCAUUAGCUAUGCUGAGUAAGCCCAACUAAACACAGAUUCAAAAGGAGUCCUGGCGGUAUAGAAGUAUUACAUGAGUUAUGACCACGUAUAUUACGGUUUUGUGUGAUAAGGGAUUGGAAAAAUCGAAAUCUAUAAUAAUAUAAACGUAAAAUUUUAUUUAACAAUGUGAUUGGAAGUUGGAAACAUUUAAACUGUUUACUUGUAAUGAAUGUUAUAGUAUUCGUUUUCAUACGUAAUAUAAUUCCAAGGACAUUUUUUUUUUUCAGCAAGAAUAUAUUUUCUUUGCAUAUAUAAUAAUUUUAUUCCAAUUUACCAUACUUCGCGUCCAUCGUGUCUUAAGUCAAAAAAUAUAUUUUUGCAACUUA